AGCUUCGUCUCACAUUCCAGUAUUGUUGCUGUCAGAUUCAUAUUCUCUCUUCUCCAUAAGAAGAAGAAGAAGAAGAAGAAGACAUUCCCUCUCCCUCCUUCGCCUUCCAUAACAUUUCUCCCUGCACUCUCUGAUCUGUCACCAUACUUGACGAAUGCUGCGACGUUUUUCAUUUGAUUUCCAUUGAUAAUAAAAUGGCUAACACCCUUUCUUCCGUUCCUAAUUUCUUCGUCCUCGUUUGCUACUUCUUCCUUCUAACUCCGUUGCUUUUUGAUGUGCCGUUGCAGGUGGUCGCGAGCUCUCGCCAUUACCACCGCCGACACCUCGGUCGACGCUCGUCAUUGGCACUCGCCCCCACUGCUGCCACUGUUGCCAAUUCUUCUUCGGCCAACCACACCACAGGGCAUCAUCACAGGUGGAUCGGUCCUGUCGGUCGCCGCCUCAUCACCGUCAACAUUAACGGGUCAGCUGACUUCAAGUCGGUCCAGGAUGCUGUGGACUCCGUGCCGCCAAAUAACAGGAAGAACAUCACCAUACGGAUAAGUGCCGGAUUUUACAUAGAGAAGGUGGUUGUGCCAGCGACCAAGCCGUUUAUAACAUUCCAAGGUGAAGGAAGAGACGUGACAGUGAUAGAAUGGCACGACCGUGCAAGUGACCGAGGGGCCAACGGCCAGCAGCUGCGCACCUACAGGACAGCUUCCGUUACUGUUUAUGCCAAUUACUUCACUGCUAGAAACAUCAGUUUUAAGAAUACUGCUCCAGCGCCAAUGCCGGGAAUGAAAGGCUGGCAGGCCGUGGCAUUUCGGAUUUCAGGGGACAAGGCGUACUUCUCCGGCUGUGGGUUCUACGGGGCACAAGACACGUUGUGUGAUGACGCGGGACGCCAUUACUUCAAGGAGUGCUACAUCGAGGGGUCUAUCGACUUCAUCUUUGGGAACGGGAGGUCGAUGUACCGGGACUGCGAGCUGCACUCCAUUGCCACCAGGUUCGGGUCUAUAGCAGCACACGACCGGAAAUCCCCGGACGAGAAGACGGGCUUCGCUUUCGUGGGCUGUAAGGUCACCGGAAGCGGCGCACUCUAUGUCGGCCGAGCCAUGGGCCAGUACUCGAGGAUCGUCUAUUCCUACACUUACUUCGACAACCUGGUGGCCCAUGGCGGCUGGGAUGACUGGGACCACACCGGCAACAAGACCAAGACUGUGUUUUUCGGGGUGUACAAGUGUUGGGGGCCUGGAGCAGCGGCCGUGGGCGGGGUUUCAUGGGCUCGGGAGCUGGACUAUGACACCGCCCACCCCUUCCUCGCCAAGAGUUUCGUUAACGGGAGGCACUGGAUCGCUCCAUACGACGCUUAGUUUAUGCUACCAUUGCCUUACUCUACUGUUUAUAAGUAACAUAGAGUACCAUCCAUUAUUUCAUUCUUUCAUUCUAGAAGAUCAUUCAUUAAAAUUCGUUCAAUAUUCGAUUUCCCCAAGGUCCAAGAUUCGACCAAUGCAUACGUACACAUAUACAUGUAUAUGCAAUAUAUUCCAGCAAUUGGAUUGUGGUAAACUCUUGUAACAUGUAACUGCAAUUGAAGAUUCAAUAAAAAUCGAUACUGUUCUGUUU